AUGUUGAUUCAGGCGUUAAUUUUAUUGACCACUGUAGUGCUUUACUUCAUUCAUUACUUCGGUAAAUAUAACGAAAGUUACUGGAAACAACGUGGUGUUGAAUUUUAUCCGAGAAAUAAAAUCUGGGGUCCAUUAUGGGACUUCGUUUUUGGUGAGCGGGCGUUUUUUGAGGUACUCGGUGAUAUUUAUAAAAAAUAUCCUGAUGCACCCGCCGUUGGUAUUGGUUCUGUAAGUUCUCCGACUGUGCUUGUCAGAGAUUCAACAAAUAUACAACACAUUAUGAAACUGGAUUUUGAGUCCUUCUACCACAAAGGAGUUGAAGUACAACCAGGAGACCGUUUAGCCGAUGGUAUUCUAUUUAUGAACGGAAUGCGGUGGAAGCUAAUGCGACAAAAUAUCACGCCUUUAUUUAGUGUCGCAAAACUUAAGAAUAUGUACAGUGUUAUGGACAAAAGUGCUCAAGACUUUGUAAAAUAUUUGAAUAAUCAUCCAGAGAAAUUAAAAGGAAAUGUUUUUGAAACCCUCUCUACUUUCUGUAGUGCAGCAAUUGGUGCUUCAAUAUUUGGUAUUACUACGGAGUCCAUCUUUGAUUCACCUUUUCUUCGCAUGGUCCAAAAUGCACUCGAGCCUACAUUUUGGACAAAUUUAAGGUUUUCAAUUUUACUCGUCAGUCCGUGGUUAUUCCGGAAGCUGAAGCUGGCGUUAUUCGCAGAGCAUGAAACAUUUUUCAUUAACGCUGUAAAACAGCUGAUACGAAAAAGGGAAAAGGAAAGUGUAAGGAAACCCGAUUUUGCAGAUAUAUGCAUAAAUUUACAAAAGAAAGGAGAAAUAAAAGAUGGUGAAACUGGAUACAGCAUUGAGCCCACUGAUGAGCUUAUGGCAGCUCAAGCAUUUUUCUUUUUCACAGCUGGUGUUGAACCUAGUGCAACAACUUUGUUAUUUACGUUAAUUGAACUAGGUCGUCACCCAGAUGUAUUGAAGCGGGUCCAUGAUGAAAUUGAUGACAUCUUUAAGAAGUAUAAUAACAAUCCGACUUAUGAGUGCCUGUACGAUGCGAAAUAUCUUGAGAUGGUUCUGAAUGAAAGUCUGAGAAUGUAUCCUCCUAUUGGUUUACUCACAAGAAAAUGCGUGAAAGAUUCCGUACUUCCCAUUGGGAACAUCAAAAUAGAAAGAGGAACAAAAUUAUUACUAAGUACUUUCGAAUUUCAACGUGAUCCAAAGCUUUUUCCAGGACCGGACACAUUUAAUCCGGAAAGAUUUUCACGGGAAUUUGAAACAUUAAAUGAUCACGCGUUCAUGCCUUUUGGAACAGGAAAAAGAAAUUGUAUUGGAGAGAGAUUCGCCCGAAUACUAAUAAUGAUUUGUUUAAUAUAUCUACUUCGAUACUUUACAGUAAAAGCUCACGUUCAAGGCGAUGCAAUUAAGUAUAAGAAAGAACAGUUUCAGGUUAGACCCUCAAAUGCUGACGUAGAAUUUAUACCAAGGAAUACCGAAUUGAAGCCAUAA